GCUAGCUCACAAAGCUAUGUGAAGUAUGAGAGCUUUCCUAAUCUGUUGUUUGAGAAUUCUAAGAGUGUGAGAACAUACAGGUGAGAGGAAGAUGAACCUAUGCAAAUUUUAUGUAGAUAUUUUUUGUUAGAAUAUGACUGAAGCUGUGAAGGAGGAGCACCAUCCCAGGCCAGUUUAAAAGCCAGAAGACAGGCUGUCCACUUGAGAUCAGUCUCUCUUCUUUCUUCCUCAAGGACAGAGAUGUGGUCAAGGAUACUUCUCAGUAUUUUCUGCUUGAGUUGGAUCACCACAGUGUCUUCUGAACCUCAGUAUGUGUUGCUGGUACCAACAGUAGUGAGGAGCGACUCUCCACAGACCGCCUGUGUGCAGUUCCACAGCCUCAGUGAGCCUUUGUCCCUGAGCGUUGUCCUGGAAUACAACAACAUCCAGACAACUCUCUUUGAGGAGUUUGUAACAAAGAAUGAUUUCUUCAAGUGCUGCGAGUUCAAGGUUCCUCCUGCUGGUUCUGACCCCUUGGCAUUCAUUUCUUUCUCUGCCAAAGGCUCCACAGUUCACUUAGCUGAGAGAAGAUCAGUGGCAAUCGAGAAUGUGGAUAACACUCUUUUCAUCCAGACGGACAAACCCAUCUACAAACCAGGGCAAAAAGUGAUGUUUCGUGUGGUCAGUUUGGAUAGCCAGUUCAGACCUGUUCAGGAGAUGUAUCCACGAAUCAUCAUUGAGGACCCAGAGCAAAACCAGAUCCUGCAGUGGUUGGACGUAACAUCUACACAUGGCAUUGUCCAGCUUUCCUUCCCAUUAAUCCAGGAGCCAAUCCUGGGGUCCUACCACAUCGUUGUGGAGAAGAAGUCAGGGGAUAAAGAGUACCACUUCUUCACAGUGGAGGAAUAUGUGCUGCCAAAGUUUGAAGUGACAACUAGUGUGCCUAGGAGGAUCUCCUUCUUUGAUGAAGAAAUCAGGGUGAAUGUUUGCGCCUCGUACACUUAUGGCCAACCAGUGCAGGGGAAUGCAAGAAUCAAUGUGUGUCAGGAGCGUUUUUAUAGCCCACGAUGUAAGCAAAGCCGGAAACCAACCUGUGAAGCUGUCACCGGACUGCUUGGGAAGGAUGGUUGUCUCAGCACUGUCAUCUCCACCAAAACUUUCCAGCUCUACCGCAGCUAUGCCAGGAUGUAUGCCAGGCUCAAUGUAGAAACCAUCGUCACUGAAAAUGGGACAGGUAUCCAGAUAAAAGACUAUGACUAUGUUGCAGUUAACCAAGAAAAUGACAGAGUGAUGUUCAGGAAUAUGGAUCUGUAUUACAAGAGGGGAAUUCCUUACUUUGGUGAGAUCAGUGUGACAAAUAUGGAAGACAAGCCUCUUGCCAAUAGGAUAGUCGUGCUGGAGGUCAAUGGAGAAUACCAUGCCAACUACACCACUGACAAGAAUGGCAUUGCUGCCUUUUCCAUCAACACAUCUGACUUCUUUGAUCCCAGUUUUAAGCUGAGAGCCACACAGGCACCAGAUGACUGUGCAGACUUCUUGAUGUGGAGAAAUGACAAUGAACCUCAAGCUUUGUUCUUUGUCCGUCGCUUCUACUCACGGACCAACAGCUUUGUGAGAAUUGAGCCAGUGGAGGAGAAACUAAGCUGUGGCCAGCAGAGAAAGAUCAAUGUUCACUAUGUCCUGAACAGAAAAGGGUAUAGAAAUGCCAACCACACAAACUUCUACUAUGUGGUGACGGCAAAAGGAAAAAUUGUUCUCAAUGGCCAAAAGCAAGUCAGCAUCUCUCAAGUUCCCAGAGGUACAUUCUCCAUUACAUUGACCGUCAGUGAGAAGCUUGCCCCCAGUGCUAGACUGUUGCUCUACACAGUGCAUCCUCAUGGGGAGAUAGUGGCUGACAGCUCCUGGAUACACAGUGAUAUAUGCUUCAAGAACAAGCUCCGGCUCAAAUUCUCUGAGAAGCAGGGUCUCCCAGGCUCUAACAUCAGUCUCCACCUUGAAGCUGCUGCCAACUCCUACUGUGCUCUGAGAGCUGUUGAUCAGAGUGUCUUCCUUCUUCGGCCUGAGCGAGAAUUAUCUGCUGAGAGCGUGUACUACCGGCUUCGUUUGAGUGAUUUACAUGGCUAUUACUACAAUGGACUCAACCUGCAAGAUGACAAAACCCAGGAGUGCACCCCAGUCAAAACCACCUUUUUUGAUGGCUUGUACUAUGAACCUGUUAAUGUCAGUCGUGAUGGUGACGCCUACAAGAUUUUCAGGGAUAUGGGCCUGAAGGUUUUCACCAACUCUGUGCUGCGGAAGCCAGUUCUGUGCAAUGAAGACAUGUCAAAUCGAGGAGAUGACCAUGUGUAUUUAGAACAUGGUGUCAUUGGUGGUGCCUAUGGCGCAGAUGAGUCAAGGAUUAUCGGUAAUAGCCUUGUUAACACUGUUCGGAAAUACUUCCCUGAGACAUGGAUUUGGGAUCUGAUUCAUACUGAUUCCAGUGGACAGGCUAAUGUAUUUUACACCAUCCCCGACACUAUCACAGAAUGGAAAGCCAGUGCUUUCUGUUUGCAGAAUGAUGUUGGCUUUGGCAUCUCCUCACCUGUUUCGCUGACAGCAUUCCAACCAUUCUUUGUGGAUCUCACCUUGCCAUACUCUGUCAUUCGGGGGGAAAAAUUUAAUUUAAUAGCCAACGUCUUCAAUUACCUCGACAAAUGCAUCCAGGUCAGUGCCAUACUGGCAGAGUCGAGUGACUACAAGGCAGAAGUCCUUUCACCAGAGGGAAACACAGCAAGGGUGUGUGCCAAUGAAAGAAAAACCUAUAUUUGGGCUGUUAGCCCCCUCAGUCUUGGUGAGGUAAAAUUCACAAUUACUGCUGAGGCCAAACUGGAUACUAAGGAUGCCGGAAAGAACACGUCUUCAGAAGAGAGGACAAUUCGCAGGGACACCCUGAUUCGAACAUUACAAGUUGAGCCUGAAGGUAUCAAAAAAGAAUUGACUCAGAGCUCCCUAGUUUGCACAAAAGGCAAAACAGUUUCAGAACCAGUGUCUCUCAACCUGCCAAGAAACCUGGUGGAGGGAUCAGCCAGAGCUUAUUUCUCUGUCAUCGGAGACAUCUUGGGCACAGCUCUGAGGAAUAUGGAAAACCUCCUUCAUAUGCCAUAUGGCUGUGGAGAACAGAACAUGGCCUUGUUCACACCCAACAUCUAUGCCCUUGAUUAUCUGAAUAAAACUGGGCAGCUGACUGAAGAGAUUAGAGCCAAGGGUACUGGUUAUUUAAUUACAGGCUACCAAAAGCAGCUAUCAUACAAACACCGGGAUGGAUCCUACAGCUCCUUUGGGACACGAGAUGGGGAAGGGAGUGUGUGGCUCACUGCCUUUGUGUACAAGUCAUUUGCACAAGCCAAACGAUACAUCUACAUCGACAACAAUGUCCAGUCACAAACUUUGAUCUGGCUGGCAAGCAAACAGAAAUCAGAUGGCUGCUUUGAAAAUGUUGGGUCACAUUUCAACAAUGCUUUGAAGGGUGGAAAAGAAGGUGAAUACUCGCUCACAGCGUACGUUGUGGCAGCAUUGCUGGAGGCUGGACACUCUGUUGAGCAUCCUGUGGUUCAGAGUGGCAUGAACUGUUUGGAGGCUGCAUUUAGCAAUGGGAUCCACAACCUGUAUAACCAGGCCCUCUUUGCCUAUGUUUAUGGCUUAGCUGACAAAGAGGAAAAAUCCAAAUUUUUCCUUGAGAAGUUGGAUAAAAGAGCUACCAGAGAUGGUAGUUCAGUUCACUGGCAGAGAGAAAAUAAGCCACCAGCAGAACAUUACCCCAUCUUCUAUUCCCGUGCCCCUUCUGCUGAGAUUGAAAUGACCAGCUAUGUGCUGCUGGCGUUGCUCAACAAAGCUGAACUCACUCCAGAUGACUUAUCAUACAUUUCUCGCAUCGUGUACUGGCUUGUCAAACAACAGAACCCAUAUGGAGGUUUCUCAUCCAGCCAGGACACUGUUGUUGCUCUCCAAGCUUUAGCCAAGUAUGGAUACCUGACCUUCUCUAAGGAAAGCCGUAACACAGUCAAGGUCAGCUUCAUGCAGUUGCCCAGUAAGGCCUUCCAGGUGAAUGACAAGAACCGCUUCUUACUGCAGCAGGCUUCCUUACCCACUGUUCCAGGGAAUUACAGCAUGGAUGUGAAUGGCACUGGCUGUGUCUAUCUGCAGACAACCUUGAGAUACAACGUGCAUCUGCCAAACCAAGUUGCAGGAUUUUCUCUCUCUGUACAGACAGCCAAUGUAUCCUGCACAAACAACUUCCCACCAAAGUUUGACCUUGUCAUCUCUGCCAGUUACACAGGGAACCGCCACGUCUCCAACAUGGCUAUUAUUGAUGUGAAAAUGCUCUCAGGUUUUGUUCCCGAUAGAUCUUCCCUGAAAAAGCUUCAGUACCAAGAUUCUGUUGUGGAUCGCGUAGACAUCAAGAACAACCACAUCUUCUUUUACCUUCAGAAGCUCUCCCAGAAAGCAAUCAGCUUCUCCUUCAGUGUGGAGCAAAGCCUGCCUGUGUCAAAUAUCAAACCAGCAGCAGUACAUAUUUAUGAUUACUAUGAAACAGAUGAAUAUGCCCUUGCAGAAUACCAAACACCCUGCUCUGCAUCUUCCAACUGAAAUCAGAUACGUGCCAGAAGAAGUAAUGGGUCAGAAGGUAUAAAACAAGCAUUUGUAGGGGAAGAAGAGGAUAAGAGACUUGGUUGUUUAUGGAGAGGGCAAUGAAAAGUGUAUAGAAGAAUAAAUCCCAAUGUGACAUCGAUUAAAAUGACACAUUCUGGCCCAGGCUUUAAAAAUGUUUUGGGUCAGUGAGGAUCAGAAACUGCAAAUAAAGUGGUUUUCCUAAUAAGGGAGAUAACUGUGCAACCACCCAUCUUUUUGGAAACUCAUGUCAUAUAUUUCAGUGGUAGCUUUAUGUAAAAGUAAACUCCUGAAACAUGUAUUUUUGGCCACCGAUUCCUCUUAAGAAACCUAAAAUUAGGAGAAUAAUCUGUUGCUGCUUCUGUAGAUUUUGAUUUGUUUUGGUCUUUCCAUUUAUCCUGAAGGAAAAUACUGAAGAAAUGACAUUGAUUCUCACAUUUUUCAAUGACUGAGCUUGGAGAAUGUUGUUUACAGAUGUUAGACUUCUAGUCACAGGAAUACAACUUUAUGCAAUUUUUACUUCCACUUGGAAAGAGGGAUUCUCUCCAGAUUAACCUCUCAUUUUUUACUGUUCUUUGGAAUAAAACCUUCUGAUUGAUAGUCUCAA